GGGAGCUGCGCCGGCGCCCUGCAGCCGGGAGGCACAGGGAGGGCACCCAGCCCCGGACCGCGGCCCGAGAGCGCGCACGCUGCUCUCCGCCGUCACUGCCACCGCUCGGGAACUGCCUCCGCCACAGGUACCUGCAAAUGAUGUGCAUUGUCAGUGGUGUCCAACAUCUGCCAGGCUGAUCCAUGGUCACUUUCCGGGAUGGCAGCAAGGUGACUUCAGCUGAGGAUGACCCUGACUGAAAGGCUGCGUGAGAAAAUAUCUCAGGCCUUCUACAACCAUGGACUGUUCUGUGCAUCCUACCCCAUCCCCAUCAUCCUCUUCACGGGACUCUGCAUCUUAGCCUGCUGCUACCCGCUGCUGAAGCUCCCCUUGCCAGGAACGGGACCUGUGGAAUUCUCCACUCCUGUGAAGGAUUACUCGCCCCCACCUGCGGACUCUGACCGAAAACAAGGAGAGCCCAGCGAGCAGCCUGAGUGGGUAGGUGCUCAGCACGCUGCUGAGGAGCCCAGGUGGAGAGCUGACUGGCUGAGGCAGGUUCUGCAGGUGCCUGGGAGUUGUGAAUUCACGCACUUGAACAGCUGUACAAAGGCACCGCAGUUACUUAGUGAUGCGCUUCAUGAAUAG